UCGUGGGUGGAGAGAGUCGUGUAAAGUGUUCACGUGUACUUCCUCUCCAGCUCGCUCUCCUGCACGCGCCUCGGGUGAUGGUGCAGCCGGAAAGCGCCUCACUUCCCCCCGGGAUGUCGGUGCAGAGGAAAGAGGAAACGGAGGAGUGACGCGCGCGCAUCAGGGAUCAGGAGUCGCGAGCACUUUAGCUCAGACGCGCCGAGUCUUUUGGCUGCUCCUCAGCGGGAAGGAGAGAUGAUCAUGCUGUCUUGCCACCAUGACUCCCGACAAUGACUCGUGCGCGCUCUUUAACGGCACCAGGUGGAACGGGACCGGAGCGCACCACCCGCCCGUGCGCCUGUCUCGCGCGCUGCCGUUGGGACUCGUCCUGGGCGCGUUCAUCGUGUUCGCGGCGCUCGGUAACGCGCUGGUCGUGGCGUCGGUGCUGCGCGACAGGCGCCUGCGCGCGCCCACUCACUGGCUGAUCCUGAACCUGGCGGCGGCGGAUCUGCUGCUGAGCGCCGCCGUGCUGCCGGUGUCGGCGGCGCAUGAGAUCCUCGGCCGCUGGGCUUUCGGGAGCGUCUUCUGCGACGUGUGGGCCGCGCUGGACGUGCUGUGCUGCACGGCGUCCAUCCUGAGCCUGUGCGUCAUCUCUGUGGAUCGGUACGUCGGUGUGAGCCGCCCGCUGGCCUACUCGAGCAUCGUGACGCGCCGCCGCGCUGUGCUGGCCGCGCUGUCGGUGUGGCUCGCCUCCGUGCUCAUCUCCGUCGGGCCGCUGCUGGGAUGGAAGCAGGCGCGCUCACCGGACGACAGCGCGUGCGACAUCACCGAGGAGCCCUACUACGCGCUCUUCUCCUCACUCACGUCCUUCUACAUCCCGCUGGCCGUCAUCCUCGUCAUGUACUGCCGCGUGUACACUGUGGCCAAACGGACGAGUCGCAGUCUGGAGCUGGGCGUCCGGAAGGAGAGAAUCAACUCGGCGCAGGUCACGCUGAGGAUCCAUCAGGGCUCCAGGACGCGCGAGGACCCGGCGCACCAUCAGAGGAGCGCGCUCACCCUGCUGAGAUUCUCUCGGGAAAAGAAAGCGGCCAAAACGGUCGGAGUUCUGGUCGGAGCCUUCACCGCGUGCUGGCUGCCCUUCUUCAUCACCUUACCCAUCGUUUCCUUCAACGCUGAUCUGCGUCCUCCAGAAAUCAUCUUCAAGUUCGUCUUCUGGCUCGGUUAUUUCAACAGCUGCGUGAACCCCGUCAUCUACCCGUCUUACAGCCGCGAGUUCCGCCGGGCGUUCGCUCAAAUCCUGCGCUGCCGGAGGCGGCGGUCAGUGUGGAGGACGUUUCCCCCUCACGGUGCCUCCACCUGUCAGGCCAGAAAAGACUCCAGAGACUCCAUGGACAACUUCAGUAGCUACGUGUACGACAGCCCGAGGACACUGUCCUUCUCCAGCCUGUGUCCUAGUCCUGGUUUCCACAGCAAGAGUCAGUUUCUGUUCUUGGAGCACGGACAUGGUCACCCACGGAGCAGGAACAACUCUGUGUUGGUGGAGGGGAUUACAGAUCGGCCUCUGGAGCCUGUCAGAGAGGAUACGCUGCAGGACAACAGACAAACGAAUGGGAGAAAUGCAGAAAUGUUCUCGGACAGUCAGACAAAAGAGAAUUCAAGUGAUGAAGGAGAUCGUUCUUAAACCUAGUGACUUAUAAACUUUCAAAUACAUGUUUACUUAUUAGUUUAAAGAAGCCAAGACUGGAUACAAUGCCUCAUGUCCCCUAAAUGUUGUCAAUUAUCCAAGAUUUGUUCGCUGUCUAAGAUUUGCUUCUUUACUUUUACAACCGCAAUUCCAAAAAAGUUGGGACGCUGUGUAAACUGUAAAUAAAAACAGAAUGCGAUAAUUUGCAAAUCAUGG